AUGUGCACAUCUGGCAUUUUCUUGCCAAGUGAGACAUCCUCAGAGUUGCCGCCUUCAUUCUUCCAAGGGCAGGUAGUCCACUCAGAGGCAGCCUUGGCAUCUUUGAAUGGAAGCGCUCCACUUGCUGCUACUAUGCGCUUGCAGCCGCGGUACAUGACUCAUAUGACUAUUGAAUCUUUCCACGAGAUGUACAUGCUGUGGUGCCAGGGGGCUGCUGUGCCAGAAGAUGAGAUUGCAAGUUCCCGUUGCUUCCGUGAAGUAUAUGAAUCGACAUGGAAGGGCAAACUGCGGAUGCGCACAGUGUCACAGCAUGCACGGUGCUCCAUCUGUGCAGAGUUCAGUGCCAGGUGCAGGCGAGCAACAGCAGAGUUGGAGCGGUCCAAGCUGGAAGACAACCAGCGCCAGCAUUUAACCAACGUCCAGCAAUAUCGCCUCAUUCAGAAUCGAUUGAAUAUUUUGAGCGUGCUGGAAGGAUAUCUGCUCCUUGAGCCUGAUAUUGCCAACAACUCCUCAGCGGAGGUGACAGUGCUGCUCAAAGCAAUUGAUUGGGCUGAGGAGGAGUUGGCCCGUCAAGGGAAAUCGCUUCCUGAGCAUUUGAUCCUGGAGGAUUUUGUUCAAGUGAUCCUGGAGAACGUGAAGCCGGCCCGAGGGCGCAAGCUGAAGGCUGAACUCCUUCCAGGGACAUUGGACUUCAAGAGCUAUGUGUCCCAGCUUGGGGUUGAAGUUGCAGGUUUAGUGAACACUUACCAUGAUGUGGCUGAUCCCAACCACUGUUGGCGCUUCAUUCGCCGCAGUGACCUUCCAGUCUAUGAUGAUGCCACUGAUGAGUCUUGGGUGCCUGUGGAAAUCCCAGGUGAAGACUACCCACACGAUGCUAGUGACUGUGUCCUGCUGGUGAAGCACCUGGUGAAUUCCCCAUCACUCUCACAAUCUCCCUUGGUUCUCCUUCCUGCUAGCUUCCAGAAAUUGCUCAAGAAGCCACUUGAAGCAUUACCACGAAAGCUGGUGGCAGAUCGUGCAAGAAAGGAGUGGGAGAAGUUUGCACCGGGCCCUGUGAAGAAGGUCACUGUCAUGCAGGGCAACCAUGCUGAUGCAGUGCCCAAGAAAAGGGGACGCCCCAGAAAGAAACCUGAGCCUGUUGUGGGUGAGAAGCCUGAGGGUGAGAUUCUAAAUGAGCCAGCCAAGAAAGCCAAGACUUCCAGGGCUGCAGCUAUCAAGGCACAGGGUGAGGGUGAGAUCGUUUUUGGGCCCUCCUCCAGGAAACGGGGCACUGUGGUGCCACCAGCCCCUGCAGAUCCAUGCCCUAUCAUUGGUGAUGGUAUGGGCUCCAACGCUAGGGAUGGUAUGCCCCCUUGGCCUACCAGAGCCACUUUUGCAGGGAGGAAGAAGCCCACUGACACUGAGUCAGCAAAGUUGUUUGAUUCCCGCCGUGAGAAGUUCUACCAAUUGGCCCCAAGUACCCUUUGGCGAGAUGGCAAAGAAAGGGUCUACUGGAAGCUAUGUGUAGAACAUGAAUCGGCUGAGAAGGGGAUUGAAGAGUUCCUGAAAAAGGAAAAUGCUUGUCCUGAUGCCUCCUCCCAUGGUCCAGCGGCUUCCCGCGGUCGAGUGGCUGGCCGUGGAAAGGGAGGUGGAAAAUGCAAAGCAGCGAAGCCCAAUGCCAAGGAGCCUGGCAGGAAGCGUGCUCGUGGCAAGGCAAGUCUGAAGAACUAG